UCUCUUUCGUCUCCAAUCACAAGCCGAGGGCGUUCAUGAAUCCCACUAGCCUUUUCACAAUCAACCAACUGGUCUCGAACGCAUGUCAGAAAAGGGGCUUAGGCCCUCAACUGCCAAACAACUUCAAAUUCACCGAUCGAGCGCUCUACUUCAUAGGCACCGCGAAGGAAAAGCCAGAAGUGUUCAGCGUCGACAUCUCAGAGGAACAAACCGCAUCUGUGCUAGAAUGGAGUCCAUUGAUACCUUCGUUUUCCAGCAUCGAUUGCUCGGAGAUAUCAGAAGAAGAAAAGCUAAGAAGGGAAAGACUGAGAAACUCCUACGGACUAAACACCUAUUUAUGUCACCCAGGGACGGAAAGCUUUCUCAUUCCAGUAGGCGACAAAUUGUACCUAUAUAGUCCGCAGGUGAAAAACAACUCGGCGAAAAAUGCACUGAGUGACAUAAAGGCCCAAAAAGAAGGCUCAAGGAUCGACUACAAAUUUUCACCGAAUGGACAGUAUGUUUCUUUCGUGCGAAACAACGACAUCUGGAUCCAACACUUGGAAUCUCUCUCGGAAACCAGAAUCACCUACACGAAUGAAGAGAACCCGGAAAACGCCGCCGCAAAAAAAGCAAGCGGGGUAGCAGAAUACGUGAUGCAAGAAGAAUUCGAUCGCUAUACCGGCUAUUGGUGGUCUCCAGAUUGUACCGACAAAACGAUGAAGAUACUGUAUGUCACAGUAGAUGAAUCGCAUAUGCGCGUCUACAACACGCCGAAGGCAGGUAUAUCAGGAGAGGUAUCCAAACAGGUCUAUCCAUUGGUCGGAGACGAAAAUGCCAAGUUUCGCCUAGAAAUAGCUCAAAUUGAUAUCAAAGAUGACAUGUCUCUUGAUGUUAAAAUAAAGCAUCUGCGUUCGCCGUUGAACGCACGAUUCCCGUCAUGCGAAUACAUACCCAGACUCGGAUGGACCCCAAACAGCCAGUCAAUAUGGGUCUUAAUGCUCAAUAGAGAGCAAACGCACUCGACACUAGUAACUAUAGACAUAGACCAGUUUGUCGGAGCGGAUGAAGCCCACACAGACUCGACGAAAGGAAUGACGCUGAUUUUAGAACAAACGUCAAAAUAUUGGAUAAAUGUACCUUACAACAUUUAUUGGUACAAAGAUGGCAGCAAUCGAGUUUUACUUUCUAGCGAGGUUUUGGCGCCCAAGGACUCAAAACUAAUGAGGCAUUUAUAUAUGCUAACUCCCCCCGAGAAGGACAGUGAGAAGAUGUACGAAAUAAGACCAAUUACUGCUGGCUCGACCGGUCAAGUGGAAGAAACGACUGAAUUUUGGGUCAACGAAGAAGGCUCGCUGGUUUAUAUGAUAGGCAACUAUGAUUCUAUCUUAGAAACACACCUGUAUGUAUCCUCUACUAGCUCAUCUGCAGAUCCGAGCAAAAAUUUGCGUAGACUUACUCCUAGAGGUUCGAUAAAUCAAAUAUCAAUGGACGACCAGAUGAAAAGCUUUGUGGCUUGUCACAGUUCUGUCAAGGAAUGCUACAACGUUCAAAUAUAUAAAAUAGUUAAAGCAUACAAUGAAAAGGGUGCUGUCGACGCGUUGCCUUCGGCACAGGCAAUCUAUAAAUUGGCGCCCUCCUUUCUUUACGACAGAAACCUUCUAUUCCAAUUGAAUCCGCCCGUGAUUUUCGAAUGCAAGAAUUCUAGAGAUGAAACCAUAUAUGGCUGUUACUAUAAGCCAAAGGACUUUGACCAGCUACAGAAGUAUCCGGUCAUUCUGUACGUAUAUGGCGGACCGCACGUCCAGCAAGUGUCGAACAGCUACCACAUGGUAGGAAAUAGAACCAUUUUCCAGCUGUGGGCGCAUCUGGGAUACUUAGUGGUCAUCAUUGACGGAGUGGGCUCGUGGCGAAGAGGCCUGCUGUUUGAAGGCCGUCUGAAACAUCGCAUGGGAACGAUAGAAGUACAAGAACAAGUGGAUGGACUGAAUUACCUGAUGAAAUAUGGAUUCAUUGAUCCAAGCCGAAUAGCGGUAACUGGAUGCAGCUAUGGCGGAUACCUAGCACUGUUGUGCCUAGCUCAGCGCCCAGACUUCUUUAAAUUGGCUAUCGCCAGGGCACCUGUGACCAUGUGGGAAGCGUAUGAUACAGCAUACACCGAACGAUACAUGGGUCUGCCAUCAGACAAUCCGGACGGGUAUAAAACCGGUUCCGUUUUGAACUAUAUAACUGGAUUUCCUUCGGAACCUAACCGCCUUAUGAUUAUCCAUGGCUGUCUAGACGAGAACGUACAUUUAUGCCACACCUUAGAGCUCAUUCAACUGCUUAUACAAAACGGCAAACCCUAUCAAUUACAAGUCCUCCCUAAUGAAAGGCACGGCAUUCAAAACCUCUCUUCUAUGGAGUACCUGGAAAAAACGGUGCUAUACUUUUUGACGCAGAACUUGUAAACAAAGCAGGUAUAAAAAAGCAACCGAAAGGGACAAAUGAGAGAACAUUGGAGCUACAUAUCAAAAUAGCGAUUAGAGCGUGAGGUUUUUUGACUGGUUCUCUUCAGCACAAAAAAGUUGAAAAAUGAAGUAGUAUGUACUAAUUAGUAAACAGCUUAAUGAAAUCAACCACAGACAUGUCUAAAAAGUUACUUAAGCUUGAUUCGAAGCAGAUGUUAAAAAUAUUUUUAGCUUGUUCGCUCGAAAAGCGCGUUUGCAGAUUGUUCAUAAAUUUCUCACGAAUAAAAGGAAUAGCCUCUUUUCGACGCCUGCGGUGUCCCAACGGA